CCUUUUUUCAGGCUGUGAAAAUGGAGCCCCUUGAUCGUAAACGAGUAGUCAACGAGAUGGACUUCUUCGCCGGCGAUCUAUCUUCCACACAUGUAAACGCCGGCGAUGACGACGACCAUCAUCGUGUGAAGAUGGAAACUGAAUAUCCUGGGUUUCUUCAAGAUCAAGCUGAUGAUGUAAACACUGGUAUAAAUCUCUUGACAACUAAUACCGCAAGUGAGAAAUCAUUACAGAAACAAAGGGUAAUUCAGUUAGCAGAUGUUCGAGCUGAAUUAGAAAGAACGAACGCAGAGAAUCAAUGGCUGAAACUCACUCUUAACCAGGUGAACAACAACUAUUAUGCUUUAAAGAUGCAUCUUGUUUCAUUGAUGCAACGGCAACGAAAUCGGGUAGCUGAAAGUUCAAAAGCUAACAACACUGAGAUGAAUAGAUCAAUGGAAGAUAAAACACAUGGUGAAGGUAUGGUGGCAAGGCAAUUUGUGGAUCUGGGUGAAUCGGAAAAGGCUGAAAAAGAUGAGAUUUCCGAAUCUUCGUCGGAGGAAAGAUUGCCGGACUUAUCAGGUUCGCCUGGGAACACCAUUGUUGAGUCUAUGGAGAGAAGAGAAAAGAACAGUACUACCCCUGAAGGUCUUCCUCAACCUCCAGGAUGGUUACCUAACAAAGCUCCCAAGUUGAAUACCUCAAAGGAUAAUGAACAAGCACAACAUACCAUGGCCAUGAUUCAAAAAGCUCGCGUCUCGGUUCGAGCUCGAUCUGAAGCAUCAAUGAUUGCUGACGGUUGUCAAUGGAGAAAAUACGGGCAGAAGAUGGCAAAAGGAAACCCUUGCCCUCGAGCUUACUACCGUUGCACCAUGGCUACCGGUUGCCCGGUUCGCAAACAAUUGCAAAGGUGUGCGAAGGAUCAAACCAUCCUUGUCACAACUUAUGAAGGAAACCAUAACCAUCCACUACCUCCGGCAGCGAUGGCCAUGGCAUCGACAACAGCGGCGGCGGCAUCGGCACUACUGUCCGGAUCAUUGCCGAGUGCAGAUGGGGUUAUUGUCCCGAAAGGAAUGAUGCUUCCGUGCUCACCAAGUUUGGUCACCCUUUCAGCUUCAGCUCCGUUUCCUACUGUCACAUUGGACCUCACUCACAACCCUAAACAAAGACCAUUGAACCAACUUCACCCCAUUUCUCCACCAUGGCCUCACAAUAUAUCCGGUUUGCCGCCUCACCUGCUCGGUCACCCAAUUUACAACCAAUCCAAGCCUUUGGGUACUUUGCUUAGCUCCCAAGGAAACACUGAACUAAUUCCCGGCCAUUUAGGUCAAAGCCAAAUGCAUGUACAUCCCGUGGCCAUGGCUGCUGCCAUCACAGCUGAUCCCAACUUCACCACGGUGCUGGUCGCGGCCAUUACUUCCAUCAUCGGCGAUUCUCAUCGAGACAAUAGUGGUAAUAACAAUAGUACAACAUCAAGAAACACAGGAGACAACAACACUUGAAUUAUAUUAUUAAUGAAAAACAUUUUGUUUGAAAAUUAAUGUAUUUCAUUUGCAGUUUGUAACUUUUAUUUUUCCCCCUUAGAAAGUGGGGGCAUAUUUUA